CGCACGGCGACCUCGCGUGACGCUUUCCGGGGAGCCGGGGAAGAAGACAAGUUCACGAGGGUCGACGAUCGACCCAAAGUCUUCUCAUUUCCGCUCGUUGCCAUUUCCAUCAUCCGACAUCCUUCACCGCUUCGCUACAGUGUUCAAUCGACGUAGGAGUCUCUAAUCGGUUUUGCAUUCCUCUCGAGGGUUCAAGCGAAAAACGGUAUAGACACUGGAGAUGAUUUCGGCCUUUCCGGGGUUUUUUUUUCCCCUCUUUUUUUUCUCUUUUUUUUCUUUCUCCUUUUUUUUUAUGACGAAUCUCGCAGUGGCGCAUCAUGGGAAAGGGGCAUUAUUGCAUUGCGGGCUUUGGAAAGGGAAACAUCUCAUGUCUGAUUUUGAAUGCGGGAUAUCUCAUGAUACAUACACGAGGAGUCAAAGAGGCGUUGGGAAUAUACGGGGGGACGACUCGGAACCACAAACCGGGCAUCCUGGUGGAUCUUCGCUCACCAGUUCUUUUUUUUUCUUUUCUUUUAUCAUGUACGAAUACCACCUCGGCGGACGAAUCGUCCUGCCAAAACUGUUAUGGUUUUACUCUUGAAAAAAGAUAUACACCAGUCUUGUGGUGUUUUUACUCUCCACACUCUCUAUUCUUGCCAUGUCUCGUCGUGAUAUUGUGAUCCAGUCAUUCCAGAACUUUUCCCCCGCUCUCUCUGCCGCACCAUC